UUGUGUUAGCGGGCAAGUUUGUGUGACCCAGAGAGAGAGAGUGAGGAAAGGAAAGAGAAAGAAACUGCAGACAGCAGGAGCGAGAAGAAGAAGCCUGAAGGUGAAAGGCAGAGAGAGAGAGAGAGAAGAAAGAAAGGAGCGUAGGGUUUUGCAAGAGAAGGAGAAAAAAAAAGAGAGAGAGAGAGAGAGAAAGAGUUGAGAGAGCUUCCUGAGACAGCACACGCAGCAGUCAGGCAUUCACACGCGCUCACAAACUCCUAGAUUAAGAGGUGCAGCAGUGAGGAUUACACACACACACACACACACCGCACCACACAGCGUGAAGAGAAUGGAGGACAACUCAACGGGUGUAGCCGCCUCCGCUGCACCUCCACUCACCAACCACUGCACCGAUGACAGCAUCUCGGCGGCCAGUGUGUCGGACGUGCAGGACCGGUUGUCGUCGUUGGAGCUGAGGGUCCAGCAGCAGGAGGAUGAGAUCACGGUGAUGAAGGCCGCCCUGGCCGACGUGCUGAGACGCCUCGCUCUGUCCGAAGACUCGCACAAACAACACAGCACCAAAGGUCAGACCCCACUCCGCGAGGCCUACUCCAUGUCAUGUAUCGCCAACGGCAGCACCAGCAGUCGCAAGUCCCACAAAGAAAGCUCCACAAUGUCUGUAGCCAGAAAAGAGACCCUCUCCUCUGCAGCCAAAAGUGGCGGAGAGCGGAAAAAAGACAAGCCUCAGAUGGAGGGUAUCCAGGAGAAGGAGGAGCUGCCGCAGGCUAACGAUAAACCCCCCUCCGCCAGCCCCCAAGCCCCAUCUCCUUCUAGCCAGUCCCCCUCCCCCCACCCCCCACAAACCCCACGAUCAGCUUCAGAGAGCAAGGCACCCUCCUCAGCCAAAAGCAGGGGUCACAGUGCAAAGCGGGGCUCAGGUAUGGAGCGUUCUCAGAGCAGUACGUGGGAGAGUGGAGAAGAGAGCCGGAACAAACUGGUAAAGGCUGCCUCCACCUCUAAACUGCUGUCUAAGGUGGUGAAGAAUGCAGAGAAGCACAGAGACCCAGUCAUCAGCCAAGCCAAAAUGUCCACCCGUGAGAAAAACAGUCAAGAGGGAGAUUACAUCAAAAUGUUCAUGCGUGGCCGCCCCAUCACCAUGUUCAUCCCGUCCGACGUGCAGAACUACGAAGAAAUGCGCUCUGAAUUGCCCCCAGAGAGACUCAAACUGGAGUGGGUGUAUGGCUACAGGGGGCGGGACUGCAGGGCGAACGUGUAUCUGCUCCCCACAGGAGAGAUCGUGUACUUCAUCGCCUCGGUGGUCGUACUCUUCAACUACGAGGAGAGGACACAACGUCAUUAUCUUGGCCAUACUGAUUGUGUCAAAUGUCUUGCUAUCCACCCUGAUAAAAUCCGCAUUGCCACUGGACAAAUUGCAGGUGUGGAUAAGGAUGGCAGGCCGCUGCAGCCCCAUGUGAGGGUGUGGGAUUCCGUCAGCCUGUCCACUCUACAGAUCAUCGGACUGGGUACCUUUGAGAGAGGAGUGGGCUCUCUGGCUUUCUCCAAAGCUGAUUCUGGCACCCACCUGAGCGUGAUAGACGACUCCAAUGAGCAUAUGUUGACUGUGUGGGAUUGGCAGAAAAAGUCGAAAAUUGCAGAGAUUAAGACCACUAAUGAGGUGGUGCUAGCCGUGGAAUUCCAUCCGACAGACGCGAACACCAUCGUUACCUGUGGCAAGUCUCACAUCUUCUUCUGGACCUGGAGCGGCACGUCACUGGCCCGCAAACAGGGCAUCUUCGGAAAAUAUGAGAAGCCUAAGUUUGUGCAGUGUCUGGCCUUCCUCAACAAUGGAGACAUCCUGACUGGAGACUCAGGUGGCAUCAUGCUGGUUUGGAGCCGCAGCACGGUGGAGCCAGCGCCAGGGAAAGGCCCUAAAGGUGCAUUUCAGAUCAGUCGUCAGAUUAAGGCUCAUGACGGCAGUGUGUUUACACUGUGUCAGAUGAGGAACGGGACUCUUCUCACUGGAGGGGGCAAAGACCACAAAAUCAUACUGUGGGACCAUGACCUUCACCCCGAGAGAGACAUCGAGGUCCCUGACCAGUACGGAACCAUUCGAGCUGUGGCCGAGGGCAAGGGGGAACAGUUUCUGGUGGGCACGUCGCGCAACUUCAUCCUGAGGGGCACAUUUAACGAUGGCUUUCAGGUGGAGGUGCAGGGUCACACAGAUGAGCUGUGGGGUUUGGCCACUCAUCCUUUUAGAGAUCUUUUCCUGACCUGUGCCCAGGACAAGCAGGUGUGUCUGUGGAACGCAGUGGACCACUCUCUGGAAUGGACCAGACUCCUGGACGAGCAUGGUCAUUGUGCAGACUUCCACCCCAGUGGUGCAGUAGUGGCUAUUGGCACUCAUUCAGGAAAGUGGUAUGCUCUGGAUGCUGAGACGAGGGACCUGGUUGCCAUCCACACUGAUGGCAAUGAACAGCUGUCAGUCAUGCGCUACUCCGUAGAUGGCACUCUGCUGGCAGUGGGCUCACAUGAUAACUUCAUUUACCUCUACACAGUGUCAGACAAAGGCCGCAAGUACAGCAGAUAUGGGAAAUGCACUGGACAUUCCAGCUACAUCACACAUCUGGACUGGUCCCCGGAUAAUAAGUUCAUCAUGUCUAAUUCAGGAGACUAUGAAAUCCUUUACUGGGACAUUCCAAACGGCUGCAAGCUGAUCCGAAACCGCUCGGAGUGCAAGGACAUCGACUGGGCCACGUACACGUGCGUGCUGGGCUUCCACGUCUUCGGAGUGUGGCCCGAGGGUUCGGACGGCACGGACAUCAACGCCCUGAUGAGGUCUCAUAACAGGAAGGUGAUAGCUCUGGCCGAUGACUUCUGCAAAGUGCAUCUCUUCCAGUACCCCUGCUCCAAACCCAAGGCUCCAAGUCACAAAUACAGUGCCCACAGCAGUCACGUGACCAACGUGAGCUUCCUACACAAUGACAGCCACCUAGUGUCCACAGGUGGUAAAGACACCAGCAUCAUGCAAUGGAGGUUGGUGGAGAAGACCUCCACCCUGGCGCCUAGUGACUCCUCCCUCGGUUUAAGCGAGUCUCUCCUGCACAACUCCUCCCCACGGAGCCUGCCACCAGUACCCGCUGUGCCACAGGCCCCAACGCCCACCCUGCCUGUCGCCACGCUGCCCAUUACCACCACGACGCAGCCCGUUCCCAACGACGUCAACACGCCGCCCCCCACGCCCACUGAGCCCAUCCAAACUGAGCCCACAGCCAAUGGACAGCAGGAUAGUUCUCCUGAAACGCCGCCUCCCUCAGAAGAGGUGACCCCAGCCGCGUCCGACAGCACCGUUAGCCCCAAGGACAGCCUGGAGCCUAGCGACGACACGGCCACGCCCAGCGACGAGGGCACGCCCUUCGGUCCGCCGUCGUAAAGGCCGUUGCCGUGG